AUGUUUUCGUCCUCGGGCGUCAAUACGCCCGACGGCGAGGCUGCGGCUGCCCGUCCUCGCAAUCGACGGCCAAACGCCGCCGUUGCCACAGGCGGCGCGUCAUCCUCUUCGUCGGCUGCAUCCAUGACCGGCGGACUUCUGAGUCCCCUGUCCGCCAGUCGGUCCCACACCAAUCUACACUCUGGUAGCUCAGGGAGCACAUUUGGUGGCCUGCAAGCUUCGUCCUCUGCCGCGUCUGCGUGGGUCCCCAAUUGGUCCUCCAUUCAAGAGUUUGCUACGACGCUGCUGGCCGGGAGCGGGAGCUCUACUAGCGGCGGUGGCAGCAUACCGCGCAGCCGGAGCACUGGCGCUCGAUCACCUCAAGGGCGCGGGAAUGUCAGCACACGAAAACUGCCUUCUGCAUGGGGGCCUGCACCACCAGACAAGAGCUCGUCUCCCUCGCGGCCCAGCAUACAAGACGUGGCGGCAGGCCAGACCGCCGCACGAGAAGCCGAACUAAAAGCACGGAUGACGGCCAGCGUGCUUGAGAGCCAUCCCGGUGUGAACGGUGGGCUCGAUGUGCGGGGCAAGUUCAAAAAACGCAACUCGGACGAGAACCUGCGUGGUUCGGCUGCUGCGGCUGAGGUGGAGGAUUGCCUGGUCUAUAUCCACCGUGUACAGGCCACGGAUACCUACUUUGGCAUCAUCCUCAGGUAUCGAUGCAACGAGGACGCCUUCCGGAAAGCCAAUGGUCUUUGGUCGCGGGACAAUAUCCAGAUCCGGAAAUGGGUCGCUCUCCCUGUCGACGCCUGCGAGAUCAAGGGCAGACCUUGCGACGAUCCGUCCCUGUUCCCGCAGGGCGUAGACCUAAUGGCGUCAACGCCCACGCCGCGCAAUGUGCCGCCGCCAGCCUCCCAAGUUAAUGGCGUGAGUGAUGGCGACUACUUUGGCUCGCCAGCGGCUGGCUCCAGCAAGACAUCCGUCACCGGCAAAUCAGUGGCGGAUGACGUCGUCUCCGAGCCGCCAUGGACCCAUGUGCGCUGGGUGCGCUUGGACUCCAGCCCAAAUCCAGUCGAGAUUGUCCGCAUGUCAAGGACGACUUUUGGUUACUUCCCGCCGCGGCGGAAGAAGAGCAUCCGCGGCUCCGUGUCGUCUGUCUCCACACCCCGCGCCUCGCUUGACAUCUCCCUUAGCAACGCCUCUUUGCCGGAACGGCCCCUCGCCGACAGCCCUAACCGCAGCUCGCGCCGGCCUAGUUUGCUCGGCAACCGUGUCGCUCCAGGCACAUCCCCUAUAUCGUCGUCUCCCUCGCGCCAUGGACUGGGUCGAACCAGCAGCAACCAGCCAGCCGUAGAUCCCCGUCCAGAAUGGAUGCGGCGGCCUGGUGGCGUCGGCUCGAUGAGCAGGAGCGUCCGUGCCCCCGGGCCCGCCCGUGACUCGCUAAACAAGUGGACCACCAAGCAUCUACCAGGGCUCAACAUUGAGACGCUGCCGUCCAUGUCCGUCAUGGGCUCCGAGACGGCGCACUUUGGCUUUGGCGACGACCAGCGGGCCAGCAUUGUCGAGAGCUCGUUUGAAGACGGGCGUGACGCGUCCACGGCCGCUGCUCUAAAGGACAACGGCCUCGACAAGGCGGCCGCAUCCAUCGAGACUUGGCUACGCGGGGCGUUUGCUAAACGGCCUGGAACACCCGGCUCCGCCGCCGGAACGCCCUCGACAUCCUUUGCCGGGCGGAUCGGACGCCAGCUCGAAGAGACGCUGGGCGACCUGAUCGAGCUAGAGGAUGGGCCACGGGAGGACGGCGGCCCUGGGAGAACGGCUGCCACAAGUAGCUCAGGACAGACGCUGCGGCCAAAUGUUUCGACGGGAUGGCGUACCGAAAGCGAAGGCUCCAUUCGUGGCAGGAGCGCUGUUGCGGCAGCCGGACGUGCCAAAGGCAAGAAGGACGACUAA